AUCGCGGCCGCGGGACUUGCCUUACAUCUGGCACAACGUCUAUUUCUAGGGUAGACCUGACUGGCUGGACUACCCUCACCUACACCUUAACCCGGCGAAACCUCCCCAAAGCGCCCAAGAUGCAAGGCUUCAAUAUGGGACGGUAUGUCCCACCAGACCAAGAAGGAGUCCUAUCUGGCAACCAACUAGCGAAGAAACAUCCUCUUGGAGCUCGGGCGCGUCACCCGGGAGCGUUGGUCGUACGCUUCGAAAUGCCAUUCGCAGUCUGGUGCACGACAUGCAAACCACGCGAGACGAUCAUCGGUCAGGGAGUGCGCUUCAACGCCGAGAAGAGAAAGGUCGGGAAUUACUACUCCACGCCGAUCUACAGUUUUCGCAUGAAACAUACUGUUUGUGGUGGGACGAUCGAGAUCAAGACCGACCCCCAAAACACGGCCUACAUCGUUACUGAAGGUGGCAAGAAACGGGAUACCGGUGAUGACAAGGAGUUACAGCCGGGUGAAAUCGCGAUCAAACCGUACGCCAUGGGGCAGGACCCUGCGGAAAAGGAUCCAUUUUCGAAACUCGAGGGAAAAGUCGAGGACAAGCGUCGUGCGAAGACGGAGGCUACUCGCAUUCUUGAACUCCAGCAGCGUCAAAAUCGGGACUGGGAAGAUCCGUAUGAGAAGUCGAUGCGGUUGCGGCGGACGUUCCGGCAGGAGCGCAAGGGUCUUGAAAAGGCAGAGGCUGGCCGGGAAGCCUUGAAAGACAAGAUGAGUCUUGGGAUUGACCUUGUGGAUGAAACGGAGUCGGAUCGACAGAGAGCUCAGAUGAUUGAUUUUGGGGAUGAUCGGGCUGCUGUUGGUGAUCAUGCUGCUCGGGCCACUCGUGUUCGGCCGAUGUUUGCGCAAGGCGUCGCGAAACUUCCACAGAAAGCGGAUUCUCAUGACAGGAAAUCUCGGUCUGCUAAACGGGCUAAGGCGGCUGAUCUUGUCGCCUCCCGGAAAGCUUCUCUUCGCAGUGAGUUGAGUGGCAAUACGCGCGCUACUAUUGACCCGUUCUUGGUGGAUGAUCCGGAUGAUCCAAACGGGUGGCAGCCCGGGAAGAAAAGGAGGAUUGUCGAGCCUUCGACCUCAACACCUCGUUCAGAUACUACUAGUGUCCACUCUGCGGACGUGCGUGGGGAACGGGAUAUUACCUCCAAAGAGAUACCUACCCCAGUAGCAACACCCGUGCUGGUUAGCUAUGCUUCUGAUUCGGAGGAAGGCUAGUUUUCAGCUCUUUUUUCUCUUGUUUUGGGACUUCGGGUCAGGCGUUGAUUGAGGAACUGUAUUGCACAUACGAGAUACCCAAUUUGUUCAUAUAGCGUUACACUUGACAUAAAUAACGGGGCUAGAAAGGCGGUUAUCUUCUUAUAGAAGGAAGCGAAAGGCCUGUAUGUAUUUGGUCUGGAGAUGAACACAA